AUGAUUGAUUGGAAUUGGCUUUGGGUUAUUGGUGAACUUGGUAUAUCUUACGGAUUUUAUAGAUGGUGGAAAGCUGAUGAUAAAUUUUUGGCUGUUCUUGAGGUAGCACCUGAUAUUGAUAUAAAUGAUUUAAAACAUUUUUCAAAAUUGAAUACAUCUGUUGAUUAUGCAGUUGUACAUGGAUUAGUUCGAGCAAAUGAUACAAAAUCAAAUUCAGUAUUACAAUCUCAAUUUCUUCCACAUUGUUUAGGUGUUAUUCAACGUUUAACCAUACGUGAAAAAAAACUUGAAAAAUUUCGUAGUAUUUGGGCUGAAACAAAUAAAACAAUUAGUGAAGUAACACGUUAUGUACCAUUUCGACUUGUUUCACAAACAGGAAAUUAUGUUCGUGUUGAUAAACCAUUAGCAUUCAAUUCAAUUGAAGAUCAUUUAGAUGUAACUCAUCUUAAAUUUGAACCUAAUUCAAGUUCUUCUAUUCAAAAAAUUGUUGAUACAUUUCUUGGAGAUUUAUCAACAGGAAUUGAAACACAAGAACAAAUGUUAUUGUUUGAUACACCAUUAACUGCUGUUGGUCAUCUUGAAAAACAAUCUAAUGGCGUAUGGUGUCUUGUUCCACAUGAACAAUGGGGUGGAAUACUAACACGAUCAUCUCGUUCUGAAAUUAUUGCAGAAUAUCGUGAUAGUUCUUCUAUAGCACGAAUUCUAAGUAUAUGUUUUGGUAUUGCUGCUAUUGGUACAACUACUUAUUUAUUAUAUAAAUAUUAUCGCUAUCAACAACGACGACGACCAAGAACAAAUCGAUUACCUGACACUUUACCUCAAAAUCAUACCCAUGAAAUCGAUCAUAAUAAUACGAAUACUCGACUUCGAUGUAUUAUUUGUUUAGAAAAUGAAAUUAUCUAUAGUCUUCAACCAUGUUCACACUUAGGUUUAUGUCAUUCAUGUGCACAAACAUUACAAUCAAGAAGUCGUGGAGAAGAACUAUGUCCACUCUGCCGAACGCCUAUUGAAGAAUAUCAACGUGUUUUUUUACCCUAG